GAGCUUACUCAAACUAAAAUUCGAAGAGCGGAGAGAGAGCAAAACGCCGUCGUGUAAGAUGAGGAGACACCGAUGCGUCAUCGACACCGAGAGCAGCGAAAGCGGAUCCGAUUCCGAUUCCGACACGGCGAUGCGCUGUAUCUCUUGUCGGGAAGAGUACGUUCCUCGAGAUGCAGGCACCUGCAAGGAAUGCUACGUCGAAGCCGGCGAGACUGAGGAAGAGCUUAAACGCGAGAUAGACGACCUCAAGGCCAAAAUUUCCUUCCUUCGGUUAUCGUCUUCUCUCGAUCACGGCAGCAACUCCAAGUCAUUCACUGACGUUGUUCUCAUCGCCUCCGACAACGCCGCCGCUUCACCUCCUAUUCCUGCUCAUAAAGCCGUUCUGGUGAGUCGUUCACCAGUCUUCAAAGCAAUGCUUGAAAACGAGAUGGAAGAGAGUCGCAGCGGCACAAUCAAGAUCACCGAUGUAUCUUAUGACACUCUUCGAACUUUCGUCUAUUAUCUCUACACAGCUGAAGCAUGUCUUGAUGAGCAAAUGGCAUGUGAUCUCUUGGUUAUGUCAGAGAAAUACCAAGUGAAACAUCUCAAGAGUUACUGUGAGAAGUUUCUGGUAACCAAACUCAAUCUGGACAACUCUCUCAUGACAUAUGCCUUUGCCCACCAACACAACGCGAAACAUGUGCUCGAUGCUGCGUUGUCGCAGAUUACAGAAAAUAUGGAUAAAGUCACUAAAAGAGAGGAAUACAUAGAGCUCGUGGAAAAGGAUCCCCGUCUUAUUGUUGAAAUCUAUGAAGCCUAUCUCUCAAAGCAGGUUAACACGGCAGCCGGGAGAACUAGCACGAGCAAAACUGGUUGAAGAAAGUCUAUUAUUGUACGGGUGACCUAAGCGAGUGGUAAUUUCUGGUUUCCCUUAUGUUGCAGGGUCGCAAUGUGUAGGUGUUUUUUUUUUUUUAUCUUCGAAUCGUGGCCUAAUGGAAAAACAGUGGUUAUACUCGUCAACGGUGCUUGGUGGUUCAUGCGUGAUCUUGUCAAUGUUCUUUGUGUAGCAGCCGGCCCAAAAUGGUAUUUCAUAGUAGUCUGUGUAGCUGGUGACUGUUUCUCGUGUUCCACUAUCUACAGUCUAUUGACAACAGAACUCGAAUCCUUUCUCUCUUUUUUUUUCUUUUUUUUAAGCGAUAUGUUCUUGGAUACAGCAUCUCAAUCUCCUCUGGUUUGCUGUUUGAUCCAGAACUAUGUAAAGAGUAUAACCGAAACUUCAAAAUUUGGGCAUCCCAUUACUGAAUUGUUGGCGCACAAUG